AUGGGACCUCGUCGAUUAAAUUUAUUCUUAUUGAUUCCUUUGUCCGACUAUUCAUUUUUUUCUUCUUUCUCUUCCGUCCUUUCUUUUCAUUCCUUCACUCUUUUCUUCACUUCCACCUUCCAUACACUUUCUUCAUUAACGUCAUUACUUUUUGUCUAUUCUUUCCUUUUCCGAUCAUUAUUUUUCUUUCAUUUUUCCUUAGUUUCUUCUUUCGUGCCUUCUUUUCUCUCCUACAUCGAGUUUAACUUUUUUUAUCCUCAUUUCUUUCUUUUUCUUUCUUUCACUAUCCCACAUGCUUUCUUUCUUUCUUUCUUUCUUUCUUUCUUUCUUUCUUUCUUUCUUUCUUUCUUCCCUACCCUAAUAUUUCAACUGUUCUUUCUUUAUUUCUUCCUUUCUUUCUUCCUUUCUUUCUUCCUUUCUUUCUUUCUUUCUUUCUUUAACAUUGAAUUCAUUCAGUCUCUCAUUUUACCUGAGCAUCUCGCAAUUUUUCUUUAUUUCUAUUUUAUUCAUUCCUUGUAUUUGAUUUACCUGAGUAAUAUCACUUCUUUCUUUCUUUCUUUCUUUCUGUCUUUCUUUCUUUUAUUCUCGCUUACUCAUUCAUUCUACUUCAUUUACCUGAUUAUUACCCUUUCUUUCUUUCUUUCUUUCUUUCUCGCUUAUUCAUUCAUUCAACUUCAUUUACACGAUUAUUACCCUUUCUUUCUUUCUUUCUUUUUCGCUUAUUCAUUCAUUCAACUUCAUUUACACGAUUAUUACCCUUUCUUUCUUUCUUUCUUUCUUUCUUUCUUUCUCGCUUAUUCAUUCAUUCAACUUCAUUUACACGAUUAUUACUUUUUCUUUCUUUCUUUCUUUCUUUCUUUCUUCUUUCCGUCUUUCUUUCUUUUUCUUCAUAAUUCCGUCCUUCAUUCUUUCCCCUUUUUCUUACUUCGCGAUUUCCUUCACUGUUUCUUUCAUUUAUCUUCUUUCAUUUUUCCUUCCUCUCUUUCUCCUCCUUUCUUUCAUGCCAUUAUGAAGUCUAUUUAUUCUUCACAUCUUUUUUUCUCUAUUCAUCGUUCUAAUUCCUCCUUUUCUUUAGUCCAGUUGUCCCUUUUUUAUUCAGUUUUCCAUUCGUUAGUUUCUUUCUCUUUUCAGUGUCACUAUUCCUUCCUUCCUUCCUCCCUCCCUCCCUCCCUUUCUUCCUUCCUUUCCCUAGUUUAUUAA